CCCGAUUAGUCAGCUCAGCUGUCAAAGGAAACCACUGAAAAUCGAAAAAAAACGGGAUAACGGCACCGAAAUUUAUUUAAAAAAAGGUGUGUUUUGUAAUAUUUCGAUAAGUUUUAUAUAAUGGAGGCGUACGAGGUGAUCGUUAACCAGCCAGUGGUUAUAGACAACGGUACAGGAGUUAUUAAGGCUGGAUUUGCUGGAGACCAGAUUCCCAAGUGCCGAUUCCCCAAUUAUGUUGGUAGACCAAAACAUGUUCGAGUUAUGGCAGGAGCCCUCGAAGGUGAUGUUUUUAUUGGCCCUAAAGCUGAAGAGCAUCGGGGACUGUUGUCUAUUAAAUAUCCAAUGGAACAUGGAAUUGUCACAGACUGGAAUGAUAUGGAAAAAAUUUGGAAUUACAUUUAUAGCAAAGAUCAGUUAGGAGCAUUUUCAGAAGAGCACCCAGUGUUACUGACUGAAGCCCCAUUAAAUCCUAGAACAAAUAGAGAAAAAGCAGCGGAAAUUAUGUUCGAGACUUUCAAUGUGCCUGCCCUAUUUAUUUCUAUGCAAGCCGUACUCAGUUUAUAUUCGACUGGUCGCACUACUGGGGUAGUGUUAGAUGCAGGUGACGGAGUAACUCAUUCAGUGCCUAUUUAUGAAGGAUUUGCCCUACCUCACAGUAUUAUGAGAUCUGAUAUUGCCGGAAGGGAUGUUUCAAGAUAUUUAAGACUGUUAUUGAGGAAAGAAGGCAUCAUCUUCCGAACAUCUGCAGAGUUUGAAUCUGUGAGAACUCUAAAAGAAAAAGCCUGUUAUUUGUCAAAUAAUCCAAUAAAAGAGGAAUCAGUGGAAACUGAGUCGAUCAACUAUACACUGCCCGAUGGUAGCGUUAUAAAAGUUGGACCAGCCAAAUUUAGGGCUCCCGAGAUUUUGUUUAAGCCUGAUCUAAUAGGAGAAGAAUGCGAAGGUCUACAUGAAGUACUUCUAUACUCGAUUCAAAAAUCAGAUUUGGACCUCAGGAAGGUUCUCUUUAAGAACAUCGUCUUAUCAGGAGGUUCGACGUUGUUCAGAGGGUUCGGCGAUCGCCUAUUAUCCGAAAUUAAGAAAAUGGCACCCAAAGAAGUUCAGAUUAAAAUCUCUGCUCCCCAAGAAAGACUUUACUCCACAUGGAUCGGGGGUUCGAUUUUGGCAUCUCUAGACACUUUUAAGAAAAUGUGGAUUUCCAAACGGGAAUUCGACGAGGAAGGACAACGUGCUAUACAUAGGAAAACGUUUUAGGUUUUUAUAAUUAUUAAAUUUCUAACUUAUUUUUUCUACUUUAAGUUAAAGAACAAGCGAGUGACACGGGUGAUUCGUGGAAAUAAAAUCUCUAUUAAUGUGAUUACGUGGUUUUAGGAUUAAGUUACGUGAGUACAUGAUCCUUUUUUAUAAUUUUCUCCAUAUUAUCAAUGAUUAACGUUAAUUUGUAUCGCACUAAAAAUUGUUGCAUUCCCUUUUCGUAAAUACGCGCUUUAAUGUAAAUAAUAAUAAUAAUGUCACAAAAAUGUUGUAGCUUUCGUUAUUUUUAUAGGUUGUGCUUAAUACUUAAAUAAUACCAAAUUAUUAUUAUUAUUAUUAUAAUAUGAUCUAUCUUAAAAUAUUAUUAUUAUAUACAAUAUUUAAAA